AUGAUGCUGCUCUGGUUAUUUUCUUCCCGGAGAGGAAGACGAUCACAAGCGAUUACUGUGGAUAUGGUGAUGUCAAUGAUACUUAAUCCUCAAGAGUCGCACUCCAAUUCUCGCACCAAAGGGAAAGACUGUAGAAAAGUGAAAAUGGCUCCUCGUUGUUUCGCUCUGUUCACCAUUUUCGUCUUCGCAAUCAUUCCUCAUAUUCAGGGUAUCGCGACCAAUGAUCAACGUGCGCAGAUCUCCGUACGCUCUUCGCCAUUUGAAACAGCCCUCGCAGUCCUUCAGGAGCAAAUUGGCUAUAAAUUCCGAAAACCUGGGCUUCUUCGCCGUUCAAUGACCCAUGCCUCUUUCUCUGAAGAGAAUAACAGGGCUCUGAGCAUUUUGGGCGCCAAUGUCAUAGAAACAUCAGCCUCUCUACGACUGCUUGAAAAAGACCUUGAGAUUUCUGCAAAAGAAUUGAACCGUCGUGUUUCAGAGCUAUCCAAAGUAGAAUCUUCCUGUGCCGCUGACGGGUUGCGCUUGGGAUUGCAUAAGGUGGUUAGAGUCUCUCCCAAGACUAAUUCUACCACCCCUUUGGUGGUUUGUGGGGCUUUCAGAGCAAUAUUUGGCGCUAUUGCUAUUGAUUUAGGGAAGUCCGAUGAUGCUGGAAGCUAUUUCUGGGGUGUUCAUGGCGGUCAAGUUGGCGGAGCUCUUGCAAUGUAA